AUCAAGAAGUCGCACGAUUCCCGCCUUUGAGAGCUAUUGUUUACAACUGUGGUGUUUUCCGCUUUGUUACAUUUAUUCUGAUUUCCCUUCGACGCGCUUCGUCAACAAGUAAGAAUGCUGACUCGCCCGAACCUUACGCUGAAGUCGUCGCGGUGCUGCACCGCGCGGCAGGCUACCCAGCGCGUAAUGCUGGUGCGCGCAUCCCCGGAGUCUUCGAGUGGACAGAAGGAUGCCGACAAGAAGCAGGCGCCAUCCUCCUCGCAGAACAACCAGAACCACGGCGACAACAGGAAGACGGACAACCACAAGGGCACCUGGAACCCGCCCUUUAAGAGCAUGGAGCCCCACGAGCCCCUCCCAGUGGAAGACCGCAAGACCAACAUCGACUUUUGAAUGCAAAAGUGGGACAACUGAUGGUGAGGCGGUCAAGCGGCGGAGCACACCAACGGAGGAGACACAUGCGGGUUUGUGGGCUAAACUGGCAGGCGGCCGUGCGGGUGGUGAUCAAGUGUGGAUUACAGGUCGCGAGUCCCCCAUGCAACCCUUUCAUUCUGGCACAUGUUUGUCGGCCGCGCUGUGAGCAUGAAGCGGAUGGGCGGCUGACCGCGUUGGCACUUCUGUACGGCGGUGCUGGUCGUGAGCCCUGGGUAUUUGCGAAUGGCGGCCGGGCCGCGGCCUGACAAGGGUGUCGAACGAGAAGAACAACAAAAUUGUAUUUGAGUGGCGAGACAAGCACAUGUCAAUACUUCCAAGUGCGACUGUCUGAUGGCGGCCCAAUGGGGCGCGGCCUGUAGAAGUAAUAAGGAGCGCAUUGCAAACAAUUUAUUGCGCAACAUCGACUACACCGCAUGUUGCUGCGGUGUGUGACACGGGUGGGGUCACGGAAGCAGAGGCUGCAUGUGAUGAUGGGUCCAAAUGGCCACGUCCCUCUACAGCUUGGUGGCGUGUGGUUGAGUGCUGUUGUCACUGCUGCCGUCAAGUGGGGACACGAGAGCACAUCUGCUGCACGGACCUUGGUUUGCACCCGCAUGGCGUGCACCAGGCGCCAUCUCUUGUAAAUGUAUUAAGGCGUGCC